AAUCGCGCCGGCUCGAACGUGGCCAGGUUGGCGGCCCCCGGAGCUCGGGGGCCUGGAUGCGCUGCGCCGCGCGGCGGAGGGCGCGGGGAGGGCGCGGCACGGCUCGCUGGCCUGCGCCCCGGAGCCUGCGGGAAGGAACCGCGCCGACACGCCGCGCCGAGUCUGAAGGUGCCCUGUGGACCCGGCCCUGAUGACUGAACUACAGCAAGAUGUGGAAGACACAAAGCCUGCGAAAGUGCUCGCCAAGAGAGAGGGCAAAGUUGGUUCAGCCCACUCAGAGGCUGAAAAUGGUGUGGAGGACAAAAAGAAAACCAGCAGGAGUCCAACAGCCCAGUCCCCUACCCCCUCGGUGGAGGCCGAGUCCCCAGACCAGAAGAAAAGCAUCUGCCUGCGGUCAAAAUCCAAUUGUGAUGGUACCUCUUUAGUAGGUGAUAAGAACGACUGUAAAACAGAAAGCAAAAAUGACCCUAAGACUGAAAGAAAAAAGUCUUCCUCUUCCAGCCAGUACAAGGCGAACAUGCACUUUCACAAGUUGUUUCUUGAUGUCCCAACUGAGGAACCACUGAGGCAAAGCUUUACCUGCGCUCUACAGAAAGAAAUACUAUACCAAGGAAAGCUCUUUGUAUCAGAAAACUGGAUUUGUUUUCAUUCCAAGGUCUUUGGAAAAGACACUAAGAUCUCUAUUCCAGCAUUCUCAGUAACCCUAAUAAAGAAAACCAAAACUGCUCUUCUGGUGCCAAAUGCCCUGAUUAUAGCAACAGUCACAGACAAGUACAUAUUUGUCUCCUUACUCUCCAGAGAUUCAACUUACAAACUGCUAAAAUCUGUGUGUGGGCACUUGGAAAAUGUAAGUGUUGGUAGCAGCCCCAUUCAGUCUUCUGGUGAAAAUUUUUUCCAAGCAGACCGUCCUUCAUCUCUGCCCCUGGAUUUCAAUGAUGAAUUCUCAGAUGUGGAUGGAGUGGUUCGACAGAGAAGUCAAGACAUGGAAGGAUACAGCAGUUCUGGUUCUCAAACCCCGGAGUCUGAGAACUCUCGAGAUUUCCAUGUGACAGAAUCCCAGACAGUUCUGAACGUCUCCAAGGGAGAAGCAAAACCAACUCGGGCAGAUGCCCAUGUCAACAGAACUCCUGAAGGAAAAGUCAAAAGUCUCCCUGUACAUGGUCUGUCAGAAAACAUUGGAAUUUUGCAUAAAGUGAAGUCCCAGAAAUGUCCGGCUCUCCACCAUAUUCUUAUAUUUUAUGCAAUUGUUGCCUGUGCCCUAAUCAUCUCGACCUUCUACAUGAGAUACAGAAUUAACACUCUGGAGGAGCGACUGGGGUCACUAACGUCCUUCGUGGAUACCCACAGUACCGAACAGAUAGCACCAUCCAGCCUGGGAUCACAAGUACAAUUAAAUGUGGAGGUCCUCUGCCAAGAACUUUCAGCUAACAUAGUGAAGUUAGAAAAGAUACAAAACAACUUACAAAAGCUGCUUGAGAAUAGUGACUGACCCACCAGAUUGCUGGGGCCAACACAAUACCUCACGUUUCCGCCAAGAAGGUGCUCCCCAGGCGUGCUUGUUAAGCGCCCCCUGCUGGCCAGAGGUGCGAGCCGAUGAGAAUCCAGACCUGUUUGCACUGGGAGGUCUCCAGCUCAGGAUAGGGGAGGGGAUUUGUUCUGCUUCUUGUGCAAUAAAAGUUGACCUUGUCUCUGAAGAAGUUUUUGCUGCUGCUGCUGCUUCUACUGCUGCCGCCGCUGCCUGAAGAAAACAGACCCAUCUCUGGAGGUCUCAGGAAAGGCCUGGUGGACACUCCCUGGGGCAAUUGGGGUUCUGCGAUUGCCGUGAUUGUGUCAGUAAACACUCCACCCCACACCUGUUAAGUCCUUCCCACCCUCCUUUUGCUCUUAUACCCCUCCUACCCAACCUUCAAACCUAGGGAUACAUCAAACACCAAUGGACUCAAUACAGUCCUUUAAAGAAUGACCCAAGUCUCCAAAAAGGCAAUAAAUGUCUCUAAAUAUUAGACAGGCUUGCUUCAAAUAACACCAGUUUCCCCCGCCCACUCCCUUCCCCCUUCUGCUGUUGUGUUUUGCUUGAAAUCACCUAUGUAUCUUAACUUCUUCAUUCAGUUUUGGCAAGAAUGUCAAGCAAAGUGGAUUAAACUAUCCCAUUUAUGUUUUGCUUUGUUCCUGUAACCAAUACUUAAUUGGAGUGAUUCUCACCCACCACAGAUGGUGAAUCAUGAGGCACGAGACAGAAAUAGUAAAUUAAACUUAUUCUGAAACCAAAACUAACUUUAAACCAAAAGUGUUUAACAAUUAUUUAAUACAGAAUAAAAAAUGAAUUUUUCAUAUUGUAUGUCAACUACGUUAGCUUUGAAACAGUAAGGCUGUGAUGAAUGCAGAAACCCAUUUCAACAUGACAAUUGUCUUUCUCUGUUGACUAAAAUAAAGAAAUAACUGGUUGCUAACUUUAUUUACCAUAUGGGUUGGCUGGUUUUUACUAAUAAUUAUUUAGGGUACAAGAUCUAUAAGUAUAAAAUAUAUUCUGUUUCUAUCAGCAAUGCAUUUUAUAAUCAUUUCUAUGAAAUGUAUUUUGUUUAAUCAGAUAAGCUAAGUGAAUUGGUGGCAUCAUUUGUAUUUGUCGGCCUACUGGACAACAACUGAGCCUGGUGCACCACUGGCUUUUAAUAAAAUACUCAUUGGUUAAAA